GCAGCGUGCUACUGGCUGGAGCGACUGGGAGGGGGCGUGAGCUACUCUCAGUGAGCCUGUGGUCAAUAAUGAAGACUUCUCUUUUUAUCCACAGAUUACAGAGGGGACUGUUCAGGGCAGGACUGCAACUUUAAUUCACAGCACUUCAUUCCUUAACGAUAAACACUGAGAGAUAUGCAGCUUUUCUAUACUCUAGUGGGCUUACUGUUAUAAGGUCAAAGAGGCUCAUACACUGUGAAGAAUUUAAGGUUCCAUCUAGAAUGAUGAGGAAAGUGAAGAAUUCCACCAUGGGAGAUUUUUCUGUAGCAACGUGUGGAAUACAAAGUCCUGUGCCUCAUUUGCUAUGAAAUACCAACGUUGUCUAUAGAGAGAAUCACCAUGUGUGUGAUGAUAAACCUGUGGAAUUAAUGCAGUGUUGCUAAGGGAGUGGCUAACAACUGGGUUCUCUUGUUGUCUAUCAUGACGGGAGAGACACAAAAUGAUUAUUCCAUCAAAGACUCCUGCCUGGAUUCCAAGCAAAAGGACAAGGAAGCCUUACUGGAAAGUUUUCUGGACACAACAUCUAAUAACGGCAACAAGCUGUGUGUGAAAGAGAAGGAGCCCUGUUCACAAAGAGAAGCUGUGAUUAGGCCUCAGCAAGCAGGAAAAAUUGACUUCAAGUCUCUCCAGAACAGAACAAAAUUUUCCAGUGAUGGAACAUGGUCAAGUGGCAAGAACAACCCACAGUCCCCUACUGGAAAAAACAAAGGAAGAGAUAAAAAUAAGAGGUCUGGCAAAGGAGACAGAACUCCUCAGCAGCUCUAUAGACUCAGUAUGACCAACACUCGCCCUAAUCCAACUAUUGGGAUUGCAUACCCACAACAAAAAGUGACACAGCCCAAAAAGCUUGACACAAUCAGAGCUCCUAUCACAGGUAGUUACCGAUUUCAUGUUCCUAGUGUACCUGAGAGAGAAGCUGAGCUCCAGCAAGAGGAUAUAACAUACAACAGGUGCUUUCAGGAGGCUUCUUCAAACCUUACCUCUGGUGAUUAUACCUCACAGACUGUAACUGUUGCUCACCAACAGCACACCUCACAGCAGCAAGCUAAUCUCACUAGGGAUAAUAUCAAUCCAAACAGCCAAAUACACUACCCUGAUUUUCAGGGUAGUGGAGCAAAUUCUUGGCAUUCUACAGAAAAGACAUUUAGUGGUGCUAACUAUGGAAUUUCCUCUCAAAAGCCAGCUCAUUUCACGGAAAGCAAUAAAGCUGUCUUUGGCCCAGUUUCAUUUCAGUAUAGUUUCCCUGAAUUACAGGACACAUCGGUAUCAUCUUUUGCUGCUGAUCAAAAUACUCAAGACUAUAUGGAUGUCACACUGGUCAAUGGCCAGAUGGCACAUGGUGCUUUUACAUUUCACUCAUCAAGUGAUAGUCAAGAAGACAUUUUAAAUGGUGGCCAAUAUGAUAGGAUGCAAGAGGAUGGAAGGACAUACCAACAACAUUCCCAGCAACCACAAUAUUUACAGGCCUGUCAUGGUACACAAGGAACCCUGCCUUGUUAUAAAGGCAGAGCAGACCAUGGUGCAGACAUUGAUACAUCUUGUUCUGCUGACCAGACUUCAAAUCCAUUCUCAGAAAGUUCAGCUAUGUUUUCACAAGAAGAAAUAAAUUUGCACAAUAAUGGUGUUUCCACUACAUCUUUAAGCAAAACCAGCUCAGCUUCCAAGGACAGUGUUGCUAGUCCAAGGCUUAUAAGUCCAGGAAACAAUCUUACAAGAACUCUUGCACAAAAUUCUCUUCCUCAAAUGCACUUUCAGCCCAAAGCUUAUGGAAGCUCUCCAGUGAACAGUCUACAUUCUGGACCUGUGCCUUUUGAUAACAAUAUCACUAAUACAAUAAAAUGCCACUCCCGUUUACCACAGACAUGGGAAGGGCUCAACAAAAGUUUUUCCUCAGUAGACCAUAAUGCUGCACCUUAUUCUGUUACUCCACCUGACACCCAGUAUGCUUUUCAGUGCCAGGCAACUUCGGAACCAAGGCAACCAAUGCCAAAAAAUGGUAGAUUGCCUUGGCAUAAUAUACACCUUACCACUGCAAUGCCAAAUCAAAAUAGAAUAGAACUGUCAAGAAAACUAAGUAAUCAGAAACUUCCCUUUUCCCUUAAUGCUUCCAAGUGGCAAGACAGUCCUAAGACACACAAGAAGACACCUAUUGAUAAUCUUAACAAUUUUCAUUCAAAACAGCAAAGAGAAGGCUUUCCAGACCACAGAAAUGAGGGGAGCAAGCAAACCUGCAAUAAUAAAAAUACAUUUUCAUUUGAAAAUGCGGUUGAUUCCCACCCCCAAAUAUGUGAAUCCAGAAAUAAAAAUGGAUUCUAUGCCUUGAAUCAAACGUUGGCAAAUGCACCUUCCAGAGGCAACAGUUUCCAGCCGCUACAGGUUCCACCAGUUAAUAUCAUGUCAGCUUCACCGUACGAAUCCCCACUACCUUCACCAAAUCAAAAUCCAUCCUCAAGUAGCACAUGUUCAUCUCUCUCUCCAGUUUCGGGUAGCCCUACCAAUGCCAGCUCAGAGGAAUCACGACUAUCCAUGACUGGACCACCACCUCCAUUUUACCCACAAAAUUGCCACUUAAAGGAGGGAAAAACAUUUAAGUCUACUGAUCAAAUUAUUUCUAGCAUUGAAAGUAUGCACCCAGAAGCUUCCAGACUUUAUUCUUUACCCACAGAAAGAAUCAAGGAGGACCAUUCAAGCUACCUACAUGAAAAUAAGUUAAUAAAGCAGAAUGUAGAUAAUGAAAAAGGUUGUAUGGGGAGCUUUUUGCUCGAACCUCCACCACCCCCUCCUUACUCAGCACAUCAGUUGCUAGCCAAUGCCAAUUUAGAUCAGCUUGAUGUCUUUCUCACCUGCAAGCAAUGUGACCAAAAUUUUAGCAACCUUUCUUCCUUCUUAGAUCACAGACAGUAUUGUGGAUUGCAUACAUCUCAGAAUGAUUUCAAGGAAACCUCCAAAAUGGAAGAUGCCAGGCAUUAUCAGGUGGACCCAACAAAGGCUACACCUUUAACAGCAACAAGUCCUUUAAUGAGAAGCACAUCAGACUUGCAUCUGUCAUUGCUUGGUUUAAACAAAAAUGGAGAUUUGCUUUUGGAUAGUGACACAAAAGAAGAUGCAAAAGAUGAACUGUUAAAAUUAGGCUUGUUCAAUGGUGUAACAGCACCUCCUAGUGCUCUAAGUACAUCUGAUAUAGACAUAGAUGAAGCAAAACUUGACAGUCUUAUCACAGAAGCUCUAAAUGGUCUUGGAUACCAAUCGGAUAAUUCAGAAAUUGAUAGCAGCUUCAUUGAUGCAUUUGCAGAUGACGAUCUUUCAAAUGUAAAGCCAAAUUGUAGUCAGAUAAAUAAAACAAAAGAUGGGAUGCUUUGUGAAAAUAAGAACAAACAGCUUACUCUUGAUGGAAGACAAAUGUCACAAAUCAAAAAUCUGUUUGACUUUGAGGCCUUAAGCACUGAAAGUAAGAAUGUACUAAAACCUUCUGAUAAACAGAGUGAGCCUGAUAAAGCAGACAAGGCCAGCCUAAAGGAAACAACCCACAAGGCAGCUGGGGAGACUUUGGUCAGCAAGUCACAAGAUGGAGCUAAAAAAAUGAUAAUACAAGAAAAUAAGUCAAAAAAUGAGAAUGGAGAAAUAAAUAUGAAAUGUUCCCAAACGUUUUCAAAGCAAGAUAUACUAAGAAAUAAUGACGGCAAUGCCAGUUCAGGAAGUCCUCCAGAUCAUUCAGAUUUAACUGGAAAUUCUGUAACUCAAACAGAGGAAGCCAAAGACAGCAAAAGACGAAAGACAGGCAGUGGAACAUGGAGUAAAGAACUUAUACACAAAAUUGUGCAACAGAAAAAUAAACUUCACAAGCUGCAAGUCAAAGGUAGUAGGAAUUCACAGUUUUCUUUAGUAAUGGAACGGCUUGUACCAGCACAGCAGAGCAGUAAAUUAGGAGAAUACGAUUACAUUACAGACUCUGAUGAAGAAACAGAUCCUGUAAAACUUACAAGCCGUACCUGUCUAUCUUCUGGUCGAUUAAAAUACAGUUCCUCAAAAUCUCACAAAGAUCAAGGUGGCAGAAUGAGAGAAAAAACAUCCAACUGGAAAAAUAAUGCAACACUGCAUUACGGAAGUAAAAGUAAUGAAACUCCAUCAACUGUUAAGAAAAAUGCCACUAGAAGAGUCAGGAGAAGAAGCAGCAGAUCUUCAACAAGCAGUGACUUAAGUACCCCAGCAAGCAUUUCAAGUGAAAGCAUAAGUAGCCCAAAGAGCACAGACAGAACAGAUUCUGACAAUGAGCAGCUUGGCGGGCAAAAAAGCCUCUGUGACACUGAGAAUACUGAUUCUUUUAAACAAGAACCUUUUAAAAUAUCAUCACCAAGCUUUGUAAAAGGGUAUGUUGCAAAGAGCACAAAAAGGUAUGGUUCGGCUAAGUUUCUUUUUGCUAGUAGCACAACACCUCAUCAAGAACCAAGAUCAAGAUCUUUAUCAUCAAUCAGCAGAAGUAAAGAAGCUGAACAAAAGCCUGUGGUGGGAUCUCAAAAUACUAAACAAAAAAAUGAGGGAUAUAAUAAUAGUGGAUCUUUUACACCAGAAUCACAGCUGUCCUCUGAGUGUACACCUCCCAGCUGUAUUUUAAAAGAAACUGAAAAUUCCAACUGUUUUGUAAAUAUCAGUAAGGGUGAUGGAAGACCUGUUGUAUCUUAUAAGGCAAAUGAUGUUGACUGCGUGGUCAAAGAAUCAAAGGAAACAUACCAGACCACUCUAGUAGUGUCAGAUAAAAGUAACAAGGACUAUAUGAAAAACAUGAAGGAAGAUACUCUGACAGCAGUGCCUGACAAACCCAAAUGCAGCAGCCAACCCUGUCAUGAUUUAAGCAAACUGAAAACAUCUGGUAAAGACACUUUGAAACUACCCUUAAGAGAAAUUUCUAAAAAAGCAUUUUCAGAAAAGAAAAAUCUCAGUCACUAUGAUGCUGUUUCACACCAAGUGCCUGUUAAUGUUUCACAGGCAGAUGGUUUCUAUCUGUGCCAUUCAAGCCUUCAUAACUCCAUGAUUCCUAAGGACCUUAUAAAACCAUCUCCUUCCAUAUACUCUUUGGAAAAUGACCAAAACUUAGUAAAAUCUCCACUUUCAUUUGACACUUCACCAAUAUUUGGGGGAUUUUCUGUACCUGUGUUUGAGAAUCGUUUGUACUCGGAUGUUUCACCAACAAAAGAAGGCUAUGGCACUUUUAAUCCAAACCAUUCUGGAAAACCAGUAGUGUUUGACCCAUCAUAUUCACCAUUUCUGGAGCAAAAAACUUGGAAUCUAAUGGAUGAUGUGCCUCCAAUAUUACCUGAAGAGCUUUCACAGUUGUCCAAUCCAAACAAGAACUUCACAGAAGGAAGAUCCAUUUUGCCUGGCCAAAUUACCAUAACUUCAUCAGACAAAAUUCUUAGUUGCAGUGCUCCUUUUGGAAAUAACAUAUCUGAGGAUGAACUGGAGAUCAAAAGAAUUGUCACAGAAUUAGAAAGCCAGCUUCAAACAACAAAGCUUAACUGUAUCACAUCCACAUGUCAGCAAAUUGUGGACCAGUUCGGCCAAAGUAAGUCAUUUUCAUGUUUACAUCUGGAUCAACAUGCUGAGAGUGAGAAAGGUGUGUUAUACACCAAUACUGUGGACAGUGUACAAAUGAGUACUAGCACUUUGCCAACAGGUCUAGAUGUGCAGGAGCAGUAUGACAACCCUGAGCAAUCCUGGACAUGUAAUUUUCAUUUUGAAAAUUUGGAUGCUCAGUCAAGCCUGUCUACUUCAGUACAUGGAGAACCCAAUUACCUUGACAAGUUUUACAGCAAAGAAAAUGCACAGAGCUUUGAGAGAGUGGAAAAGAUGGAAAUGCAUCACAAAAAUGACAAAUGUGGUACUAUGGGAAACCCUUUAGCAGACAAGCCUGAAGAUGUUUUGGAAAAUCAAAUCUAUGCUGAAAAUCUAAUUCGAAGUUUGGAAGCGAUUUCAGAUUCAGUGUUUACUAAGGAUGCAUCAUCCAGUGAUGAUCAACGGUCUCAUUUUCUACAACAAGAAUAUAAGGGUGACGGUAGCUUAUCUGCACAGAGUAAGUUGAAUGUGAUCUCACAGACAAAAUUAGCCGAACUUGAAUCAACUUGUACCAUCUUGCACUUUGAAAAGCAAGAUGAUUUACUGCAUCCUUUGGUAAAUUCUGAAUGUUCACGUCAUAGUGGUGAUGAGUCCUUAUCUCUGACAAAUAUCCCUAAUAUUUUAAAACAUGAUUCCACUAAAAAGACACUUCAUGAUGAGCAAUCAAUUAACCGAAAUGUAAAGCAUGAUGUCAGUAGUCCCAUUCUCCAUCUUGAUACAGAUAGUGAACAGCCAUAUAUUUCAGAUGAAAAUGGAACUGAUAAUGAGCUUUCAGUUACUGAAAGAUCAGUUAUCUUUGAUAAAGAUAAAGAUGAACAAAAAAGCUGUUUACAGACCACCCAAAACCCAUUACAGCAGCUGCAACUGUUUGUGGCUCGUACAGUAAAGAACAAUGAGGAGGAAAUAAGCCUGCCUUCUUAUCCUGUCUUAACUUCAUCUGGUCAUGUUUCAUUUGCUGAAGAUAAGCCAGAGGAAAAUCAGGAUCAAUUAGACGCAGCACUUGUAGCAACACAACGUGAGUCUCUACCUGAAACUGCUAAGGAUGUUGAUGGAGAAGGUUCAGUAGUUUGUGAAAAUGGAAAAUCAGACAGCAAUGAAAGUGAACAUGGAGAAUCUCAAAUCUAUGGAAAAGCAAUGGAAGAACCACUUGUGACUGAAUCCUCUAGCUCAGCAUUUCAGAAAGAAACACAGUCCUGCUGUUCAGACAAAGAAAAUAUCAAAAUAAGUGAAUCCCUUAAUACAGAUCACAAUGAACUAUCUUUAUCAUAUAACAUAUCAUUAAAACAUUUGGCAGAGCCUGUUCAAAAUUCUAAUCAGAUGCCAAUGGAACUAAAACACAAAGAAGCAAAAAAAACAACCUUGACAUUUACAAAGCAUGACGUGUUGGAAAGUGCUAGUAGCAAAGUGCUUAUUGAUGAUCUCCAACAAAAACAAACAAAUCAUUCUGACUCUUUGAUAAACAGAGAACAGCCAGCCCAGUUAAGCCUGGCUGAGGGCUUAUUGCAGCUACAAAGUGCACAAGAGGAACCAAUAGAUAAAGGAGCACAAGCUGUAAAUGAAAUUGUCGAGGUGAUUACCCAAAACAGACUCUCAGUUGAUGAUGAUGCACACUCACAUGUAGAAAGUAAUACUGAAAAGAUGUGGCAUGACCUAGAUAAGUAUUCCCCUAUAUCCAUGGACAAUCCUCAGUCACCUAGAACUGAAGACAAUGACAUACUGAGUACAACUGAGCAGAAUCAGAUUACUUUUAAGAAUACUGCCUCAUCUGAUCUGUCUUACAACUUGCUUCAUGUCCCUGACAAAAUAAAUGAAGAUCUUCCCCUUAAUCCAGCAUUAAACACUGCCUCUGAAGCACCAUUGGUUACUCUUGUUGAAUCACCUUGUUCUCUUUAUAUUGGCGAAACUGCUAUUAGACAAGAUGAAGUUCACAAGGAUGUUAAGUCUGAAGUCAGAGAGAGUAUGUCAAAGAGACUAUAUGACAAAGCUGAAAUUGUGUCUUGUGACACAGAUACCUUCAUUAAUGUUGCAGAAAGCAUACCCGAAUGCCAAGUUAGCCAGACUUUAUCUAAAAAAAACUUAAUUAGUAACUGUGAUGUACCCUUAAAUGCAUUAUUUCCUUGCCAGAAUUCUAUAAACUUAGAAAGCCAAAUUUCUGAGAAAGAAUCUUUGAUGGCACUUAAUAAUCAGCAUAAUCAGGAUACAUAUUGCUCCCGUGAUAUAACAGUACAGAUGGACAAUGAUUACAAAGAAGGUGGUGUUGUGUCUGAUCCCAACCCAGUUAUUGACUUCCAUCCUAUUUCUAAUGGUGUUACAUCUUUAGAUGCGUGUCAUCCACCUUUAGAAACCAUAGAUUACAUGGACCUGCACAGUGACCUCAUGAAGAAGUCAAAUACACAGAAUUUAGAUACAAGCAUUUCAUUUCAAGAACCUGGUGAACCAGCUACAUGUAAGAACUGUCCCCUGCCCAAGAAUAUGCCCAGAAGUCCAAACUCUCAGAUACCCAGAGACCUGUGCAAUGUUAUAGAUUGCUUUGGAGAUACAAGUAGCCAACUGAAACAAUUAGACUCACAAGGAAAAAAGACAUCACUAUCAAAGCUUGAGAAAUUUCCUGCUGAUAGAUUUGAAUCAGUGACUGAAUAUGUAAUAUCAAAGCAAAGUACACACAAAGUGAUGAUAACAUGUGACAUUUGUUCUGCAACUUUCAGAUCCAAACCAGGAUUAAAAAGGCAUCAGGCAAUGAAGCACAAUCCCAAAAAAGACAAGACUGCUCAAAUACAGGAAACGCUGGAGAAAAACGUAGAUAGUAAAAUACAUGCAGACCUACUGAAAGAGGGCAUAAUUACUGCCUUAGCAGAUGUGGAGAUAGAUAAAAAUUGCCUGGACUGCAGUACACAGGAUCACACAGUACAAGAUGAUGUUCAGACUGUGCUUGGUCACCAAGAUGUUGUAAACCCAGAAGAUACAGAAAUGGCCCCAGACACACCAACAACAGGAAAACUUUCUGUUUCCAAAGACAGCCAAGGUAAUGCAAAUAUAGUUCCAGGGGAAAGUGAACUCCCUAUGAUAGAAAGCGAGGAGAAAUAUAAGCAAAAGAAUCUGGAGGUCAAACAAAAACAGAAAAUAAUGCCACCACAAGGCAAAUAUAAAAAAAAUACUAAAAUGCAAAUUGGAACAGAAAGCAGUGAUUAUAAAACAGAACAAAAGGGGAAGACGGCUGACAUAUUCUCAGAAGACAUUCUCUGUAUAAUUAAAUCAGACCUGUUGCAAGCAAUAACUCCCAAUUUUCCUACGACAUCAAGACAUAAUGAAAAUCAAAAUGUAUCGUUGCAAACUCAUAGCGAUCAAGAAAGAAAAAUGCUUGGAAAUGCAGAAGAACAAGGUGUACUACCCAACAAAUUAUUAUAUGAUAUGGAAUUUCAGAAAAAUCAACAGGCUUUAAGUCCCUGUAAAGAUGAUUUGAAUAUACAAACUGAAACCACCAGUCAAACUGAGAGUGACAGCCAUAAUACCGAGAUGCAACUGAGUGAUAUACCUCUGGAGAGUUUUCAAGAUAUGAGGGAAAGUUGUAUAUCUAUUGAGCAAGAAGACACCAGAGAAAGUGUUGAGAUGUUUUCGAAAGAAGCAACACAUACAGAAAUCUUGGGAGAGGCUGAUGAAAUAAAUUGUGCAAGAACAAAUAAAGAAUCCUUGGAUAACACCACUCUGUGUCCCUGCGCAGCACCAUCAACAGAGGUCAACAAGGAGCCUUCAGAUCUUGAAUCUCUGAUUGAUGAUGAAACUAAGUUCUCAGAAUUAUUUCCUAUGGAUGAACAAAUUAUAAGAAAAAAAUGCACAAGAGUAUAUGGGAAAAGAAAUAAAAAGCAGAAACCCCCUUCUGAACUGUCCAUUGGAAACACAGGUAUUAAGGCAAGCCAAGAUGAUGGUGACUGUGGAAAAAAAAGUUUUUUGACCAGUUGCGAAUAUCGAACAAUUUCAGUAGAUGAUGCCCUGAUGCUAGACAUGUGUUACAAUAGUAGCCUUAAUACAGAUGGUGUUUCUGGGGAUGAAAAUAUGACGAAUGCUACCGAGAAUUUAAAAAAGGAACAUGCCACUGAUAUAUUUUUCCAGGGGAAUGAUGACACAGCCAGUCAAUGUGAGUUGUCAGUAACCAUUUGGGAAGCAUGCAAAGAUACAGCAGCAGAAGGUUUGCUAACAUUAGAAUCACCUAAAGAGUCUAUCAGUAAUGAUCAGGCAGUGUCUGGUGAGAAAAAUUCCUUGAAUCUUUCUGAUAACCUGGAAAGUGCAACUACUUCACCUGUUCAUGCCAGCCAAUAUAGUGCAAUAGAUGUACAAAAUUUAAAUUCUAAAUAUCAGCUACCUGAAAUAUCUUUGUUCGAAGUUAAUAAGGAGGGUCUUAUUGAUACCACCAUUAACCAGAAGGACAUUGCACUCCAAAUUCUAAAGCCUAGUAAGAGGCAAGAGGAAGGUAAAACUAAAAGUAGAAGUGAACUUGGUAUGAAAUCAAAAGACAAACAGUAUAAAUGCAAAGUGUGCUUCCAGUGGUUUCUUACACUAGGGGAACUUGAUUUUCACAAGCUCUCGCACAAUCCUCUGCCUCCCCCAACCUGCUACAUGUGUGUUCAGCGUAAAUUUAGCUCAAGGGAGCAACUGCGAGAUCACCUGAAAGAAAAACAUGCUAAGAAUAAAGCUGGAAUAUGGGCUUGUGGAAUGUGCCUGAAAGAAAUCUCUGAUGUCUGGAUGUAUAAUGAGCAUCUUAGAGAGCAUGCUACUCAAUUUGCAAGAAAAGGACAGGCCCAGAAAUCUGUGCUGGGCCUACGUGGUUGCUUUAUUGAGGAAAAUGCAGUUAAAAACUUUUUGAGUUCUAUUAUGCACCGUCGUACAAGCAAAUCUAAUAAAUCAGGUGCUGUUACUACCAAAACAUGCACAAGUAAAGAACCAAGAGCUGUCAAAGAAAACUUAGAGCAUGAUUCAGUUACAAAAUAUGGACUUGAAGUUAUUCAGGCAGAAAAGUUCAACACUAAUGGUAGCGAGAACAGUAGCACCACAGAGAUCUCAGAACAUGCUGACAAAAAUGAACUCAUUCAAAAGAACAUAGUUAUGCAUCCAGAUUGCAAAGAUCCUUCAAGAGAUUGCCAUCACUGUGGGAAACAGUUUCCAAAACCAUUCAAACUUCAGAGGCAUUUGGUUGUUCAUAGUUUGCAAAAGAUGUACUUGUGUCACAGAUGCCCAGUGUUUUACCAGGAUAUGCAGGAACUGAAAACACAUUUAAAAGAAAAGCACCUUGAAGUACAAGAGCCUGAGGUCAAGCACACAACUCUGUAUGCAUGUGAACUUUGUGCAGAUGUUAUGCAUGUUAUUAAAAAGUCAUUCAUCUGCAGUACUUGCAACUAUACUUUUUCAAAGAAAGAGCAAUAUGAUAGACAUAUGGAGAAACACCUAGCAGGGGGAAAUAAGACCUUUAAAUUUAGAGGGGUCAUGAGACCUUGCAAACCAUGUAAAGACGAUUAUUUUGAUCUUGACUCUUCAUUAACCAUGGACUGCGCUCCUCCCAAUAAAAAGCGAAAGAUUUCAACAGACAAUGUUAUUGAGACCAGUUCAGACAGUGGUAUUGCUAGUGUUGCUUCAUUACAAAACACAGAAAGUCAUCUUUCUAAUGAGACAAUACCUUUGACAUCUGACUUCUUCUCAGAGGAUCUCCAUGUUCCUCUUCCACAGGAGCAAGACAUGACAAUAAAAACUGAAGAUAUUGUUGAUGAUUUUUCAAAGCUUUUGGAAGUUAUGGAGCAAACACAGCUUGACAUUGAUAUUGAGGAACCUUGCUUUGGAUCAGACAUUUCUAAAACCAAACUAGGUGAAGGGGGCUUUAAUGUACUUGGUAUUGCAGAAGAUAAUAUAAUAAAUGAUGGAAAAACUGGACCCACAGUGGAGAUGGUUGAUGAAGCUAUUGAUUCCUUCAAUUUCCAGCAUAAUCAAAGUACAAAGGAUCAGAUAUCGUCAUGUGAAAUUAAAUUUAUUGAAAAUAUGCAUCAAGGCAAAGCAAAAAGCAAUGAAUUUAAAGAUUAUGAAGAAAUGUUUGGAAUUAUAAAGUCUCAUAGUAGCUUGGAAAACAGUCCUAGUUGUGAAAAUAUGCCUCAAAACAAUGGAAAUUUAGCAGGUCCAAUUUCAGAAAAUGACGAUCUUCAUAACUCAGAACUUAACACGCAAAUGAUGGUUGACAGAAUGCUGACACACAAUGCUGAAAAGCAGGAUUUCAUUAUUGAGUGCGAGACAAAGGAUAAUCCUAAACCUUUUGAAGUCCACCAUAAAGAAAUGGGGAACUCCCAGAGACACCCAUGCAAUGUUCAAUCAAAUACUGAAAUUCAAACAAGAACUACCAAGUUAUGCAACACUAGUGAGUUUCAAAAUGUGGCAAUCAGAGAAAAGGUCUCAUCGAAAUUCAAUGAAAACACAAAGCAUGACUGUGUAAAACAGACAGACAGCAAUCCAAAAAACUCCUCAAACUGUCAAGGUGCAAUUGAUGCAUCCUACAAAAACUUAAAACCGAAUAUUUCCACCAUCAGAAGUGAAGAAAAAGAUUUCUUACAUUCAAAUCUUAAUCUUCAACAGAAAAAAAGAAAACAGUACAAGCUAUCACCAGGUUCCAAACUAUCAGCAAGCACAAGGGAAAACAUGGAUGGUGAAGUAAGAAAGAAGAAAUUUAGGAUGCAAAACCCAAGCAAGAAUGAGAGUUUAGGGAAUUAUAAAAGGACAGAUGCAAUUAAUGAUCAUCCAGCUCUUUCUAGCAUGAGAGAGGAUGUGACAAACAACAAAUUACAUCUAAAAACGAAAAUUGGAGGGUUUGUCAUGCAGCCGAAAAAGAAUUCUUUUGAUAAUUUCCCCCCCCAAAAAACAGAAAUACGCCAUUUCACUGGGGAUUUUAAAGGCAAGAAGGGAAUGUAUGGGAAGCCUCUGCACACCAUAAUGUCAAAAGCACCCAGUUCUUCUGUAUCUAGUUCUCUAAAUAAGCACAGGACUGUCUCUGGUGUGAAAUCCAUCGAGCCACACAUUUUCAGAACAGCAGAGUCACAAAAUCAUUUGCUUAGCCAAUUAUUUGGUCAGAAGCUAACUAGCUUUAAAAUUCCUUUAAGGAAAGAUGCCUUAGAGUAAUAAAAUAAAUCUGACUUAUGGGGAUGCUGAAAUGUGACUUAUGGGAUGCUGAAAACUUCAGAUUUGCAAAGAACAUCAAAGCUUUAUACUCAUCAGAGUUCUUUCUGUGUCUAGCCUAAAUGAGAUUGCCUGACUGCCUCUGUGAAAUAUUUUUGCUUUAUGUCCGCUAAUCUUCUACUUUAAUUUACCUGUUUUAUCAUGCAAAUGUGAGGAUUUUUGAUGUUGAGAAUGAGUUUUAUGAACUGAAAAUGUAAUCGCUUUUGGGCAGGCCAGGUCGUCAAAAGAAAUUUCUUUAUUUAAGAAGUACUGGGGUUAUAUGCUACUUAAAAAUGUCAUUCCUUUACAAGACUCUCUGUUAAAUAUCUGAACAAAAAUACUUGAAGACGAGUUGAAUUUUGAAUACAUGUCUCUUUCACAGUGGAGAAUUUACGAGGGUUGGUAAUUAGAAAAUGUUGCAGUAGUUUAAGUACAAAAAAGACAAAAAGCUGUGUUAUUACAUCACGCCAUCUUGUACUGUUCAGAUAGCUCUUAUUUGUGUAUUCGGUUAUCUUACUGUAAUAAGGUGACUCUCAUUGUAUUGCUUUGUAUAUAUUAAAAUGGUGCUAUUUUGUAAUGUGAAUACAAUCUUCCUUGAACAAAGGACAAGUAGCAGUUUUAUAAACAUCAUGCUGUUUUUUUUGUUUUUUGAUUUGUUCUUAUAAAUAGCUUUCAAACUGUUAAUGCUUAACUGCUUAACGAGAAAAGUGUUCAUUUUUAGGCAAGAAACAAAAAAAAAGCCUUUUGAAUAUAAACUCAGGUGCAAAUUAUGACAUUUCAUAUUACUGAUGUUUAUGAAAAGACCCCAAUUAAGGAGGUGUAGCCCUGCACUGAUUUCGUGAUACAAAAACAACCCAAAAACUUUGUGUCAAUCCUGCAAACAAAAAAGGUGCUUUAUUAUCUUGUUUAUAUGUAUCUUAUAUUGUAUGAUAAUGUAGGUAAUGUUUCUUUGGGUGCAAUUCUUAUGUCAGAAAUUUUUAUUUUAAUAUUGUGCAAAAAAAGGAUACUUGCAAGUACAUUUUUAUGUUUUAAGUGUGCUACCAAAAAGUGCCUCUUCAAAAGGUGGUUAUUAAAAAAAGUAACGAUUGCA